AUGGCACCAGCUCCUUCGAAACAAGAGCUGCCAGCAUGGGGUCUCGCACUGGCAGGCUCUGCUGGAGCUCUUGUAGCCAACAGCGUCGUCUACCCACUCGAUCUCGUCAAAACCCGACUCCAGACACAGGUCAAGCGAAAUGCGAAAGACACUUAUGUUGAUGAGGAGGGACAUGUCCACUAUGAAGGCACAAUGCACGCGAUCCGGCAUAUCGUUGAGGAAGAAGGCGUAUCAGGACUCUUCAAUGGACUGGCAGGCAACUUGAUCGGCGUCGUGAGCACAAACUUCGCAUACUUUUACUGGUACAGUCUGGUGCGAGAGAUGUAUCAUGCCCGAGUAGACUCCAAGGGAACAAGCACAGCAGUGGAAUUGAGCUUGGGUGCUGUGGCAGGAGCUCUGGCGCAGUUGUUUACAAUUCCGAUUGCGGUGGUGACGACGAGACAACAGACGCAGCGCAAAGGCGAGAGGAAAACUAUCUUGGCGACAGCGAAGGAGGUUAUCGAUCAGGAUGGUCUUGCUGGCCUGUGGAGAGGUAUCAAGGCUUCGAUGGUUCUGGUCGUGAACCCCAGUAUCACGUAUGGUGCUUACGAGAGGUUACGCACAUUGAUGUUUCCUGGGAAGUCAAAUUUGGCGCCUCAUGAGGCUUUCCUUCUCGGCGCUCUCUCCAAGAUGCUCGCCACUAUCGCAACACAACCGCUCAUCAUCGCCAAAGUUGGCCUUCAAUCCAAGCCUCCGCCACAACGCAUGGGCAAGCCCUUCAAAUCUUUCCAAGAAGUUAUGAAGUUCACCGUCGAGCGAGAUGGUAUCCUCGGACUCUGGAAGGGUGUUGCUCCUCAGCUCAUUAAGGGCUUCCUCGUGCAAGGUAUCCUCAUGAUGACCAAGGAACGAGUCGAACUGCUUUUCGUGCUGUUGUUCCGAGCUGUGCGAAAGAUGAGACAAGAGCAAUUGGAGAAGCUUGCGAAGAUCGCAGCGGAAAAGGUGGAGCAGGGCAAGGCUGUUGCUGCCGGCGCUGUGAUGCAGGGCCAGGCCGUUGCUGGUGGAAGCACGGAGAAGGCCAAGACCGUCGCGGUUGAGACUGCAGAGAAGGCAAAGGCUGUCGCGACUGAGGCUGCAGAAAAGGCGAAGUCUGCUGUCAAGUCUUGA